ACGAUGUGACGGUAUCGCAAAGCAAACAAUCAUUUUAAUAAUUGUGGUGUAUCUUGUAUUUUUCUUUCUUCGUGUCGUUGUAAUUUGAGGAAGACAUAAUCGAACAAAGUGCUGUGAAGAAUGAAUGAAGAUAAAACUAUGUCUGAAUAUGCAAUUAUUACUCCAUCUAGAAAUGAAUGUGUAUACACCAGCUGUUACUGUGAGGAAAAUGUGUGGAAACUGUGUGAAUAUGUCAGGGAUCAAGGGACUUGCUCUUUGGAUGAUGUGUAUGCAGUAUUUAUAUCCAAUGAAAGAAAAAUGAUACCCAUCUGGAAACAAAAAUCCAGUCGAGGGGAUAAACCUGUAAUCUGGGAUUACCAUGUUAUUUUGCUACACAGAAGUAAACAGGGACCAAGCUAUAUAUACGAUCUAGACACCAUCCUCCCCUUUCCUUGUUUACUUGAUGUAUAUUCAAGGGAGGCCUUUCAAUCUGAUGAGCAUUUAAGACGUGAUUUCUGGAGUAUACAUUUUAGGAAGCUUCGUGUCAUACCAGCAGACAUCUACUUAAAGAAAUUUGCUUCUGAUCGGUCACAUAUGAAGACCAAUGAUGGCAACUGGCGUAUGCCACCUCCUUCAUAUCCUUGUAUAGAGGCAUCAGAUACUAAAAUGAAUCUUGACGACUUUAUCUGCAUGGAUGUCAGAGUGGGCUAUGGAGAGGUUUAUGGACUUUCAGACUUUGUUCAACACUUUGGAGUGAAAUAAUAUAGUUUUUGCUCUGUGAAUGAACCUAAGCCAUUGAAAAAUGUACAUCAUGGAGUCUUGUCUCAGGAAAUGCAGAGAGAAAUGUCAGUCAUAUAGAAAUAAAUCUGACACAACACUUGUUGAUAUUAUACACCCUUUAUAAAGAAGUCAAUUAUACAGAUGUACAAAUAAUAAAAAUGUGUAAUUUAAACAAACAACCAAACCGAAAUGACUGUGAGCAGUUGUAGUGCCAUGUAUUUAAGCAAUUGCUGCCAGGUAAUCCUUCACCUCAGCAGGUGAGAGUCUGCGAAAUCCUGCUUCAUUACAAAUUCCCACCUCUAUAUUGUCUUCUGUCAUCUGACCUUCAAAACUUUCCUGUGGGAAUAAAAAAAAUGUUUUAAUUGAGCAGCACACCUAAACUUAAUAACACUAAACUGUAGUUUUUUGUUAAUUGCCAAACUGUUGUAUGAGAAAUUAAGUGUCAUUAAUCAUGUAGCUCAAUUGGUAGAGCACAGUAUUAAAAAUGAAAAUUCUGUUAUCAUUUACUCACUCUCAUGUUGUUACAGAAAUGCAUGAAUGUAAAAUUGAACUGUCAGUAGAGAUGAACUCACUUUCAAAGUUAAGAUGGCAGUGUGUAUAGCAUCCUCAAGUUCAAGAUCUUCAUUAUAUCUGUAUUGAAGUAGUAAAGAGCAAAACUGUAAAACUUAUACCAAUCCCAAAUUUAUA